UCUUCUUUACACCUUGGAAUAUGGCUCGCUUUCUAUGUAUAACUUUUCUAGUCAUUACUCUCUGUGGCAAUCAAACUGGAUCUUCUGCUGGGGUUAUCUCACAGCUGGAGUCAACAGUGAGGGUAAAUCCUGGACUCCCAACCACUCUUUGGUGCUAUAUCAAAUCAGAUGUGCACUUUUCAAUUUUAUGGAUGAAAAUUCCCCUUAACAAAGCCCCAGUGUGUAUAGCCACUGCUCAGGCGCUCGCAGACGGUGUGGAAAUGUAUGAACAAUUUAAAGACCACUCCAGAAUCAGUGCCACUUGGGAUAAAAAUACCUUUAAUUUGUCAUUCUCAUCAGUGGAAAUAAUAGACAGUGCAACAUACCUUUGCGGUGCAUAUAUUUAUAAAAAAUUCUUUUUUGGAAAGGGGAGUAAACUGAUCAUUCAAGAAUACGCUGAAGCAACAACCAUAUCAAACACAACAGCAGACACUGAAGAGAAAAAACGAAAGUCACAAAUAUUUGAAUCUUUAGUGCCAGCAUUAGCAGCCACUAAUGUUGCAUCAAUAUUUGUCAUCAUUUUACUCUGUCACCUCUUAGCUAAGAACAAAUCAGGUGUAACAGGAGUAGCCAGUAGUGCAAGUGACAAUAACACAGAUGAAGUAAACUAUGCUGCUCUCACAUUUGGGCACAAAGAGAGAAGAACUGUACAGAAGAGGGCCAAUGUGGAACCUUCAGUUAUAUACGGAGCUGUGCAAGCACAAGGGGAAAUACAAUUGUGUGCAAGAUGACAGUUCCCUAUUUCUACACUGAAUAGUCACUUUUACUGUAUGCAGCCAGUGUUGCACCUUCUUAUAUAAAAGUUAUAGUGCCUAUAAUGUUUUGAAAAGACCACUUACUCCUGUACAUUGUUAUAGCACUAAUGCCCAAGGAAAUACAAGCUAUUUAUUGCAUUUAUCAAUUAAAA